AUGAGGACCCAUAAUUCGUUGGUAUGGAAUGAAUCUCAAUGGGCGUCCGCGGCUACAGUACCAAAUCGGGGCGCCAAGUCGUAUACCAUUGAGGGUGGGAUACGGAAUCCUUGUAAUAUUCGGUAUCCCCGGAUGAUAUACGACACGCGAGUGGACGAUGUGAGUUCGAAUUUUACUAGUUCUAUGGUUUGGUAUUGCGGCGGUGCGUGUUGGGAAAUGGAAGGCGAUGUUUCUUCCUCACCGCCACGAGGACAGGUGGGAUGGGAGCUGUGUGAUCUCUCGACCGAUCAAGGUGAGAACCACGACUUGGAGGAUAGUCAUAAGGACAAGUAG